AUGCGGCCGCGGGCCGGCGCGCGCUCCCCCUCUCUCUCCCUCCCGCUCUCCGUCUCGCUGCCGUCCGCGGCGCGGCUGUGCGCGCUGGCGCUCGUGUUGCUGCUGGCGGCGGGCGCGGCGCCCUCGCCGGCGCUGAGCGCGGGCUGUCCGGCGCGCUGCGUGUGCGACGAGCAGCUGGUGGUGCAGUGCGCGGGCCAGCGGCUGGCCGAGUUCCCCGCCGAGCUGCCGCUCGCCACGCGCCAGCUCAUCCUGUCGGACAACGCCAUCAGCGAGCUGCCCGCGCUGCAGCUCAACUACCUGGCCGACCUGGUGUACCUGGACUGCAGCAACAACUCGCUCGCGGAGCUGUCCGAGUCCACGUUCGGCAACCUGCGCAAGCUCGCCUACCUGGACUUGUCGUUCAACGCGCUGGCGCGCAUCGACGCGCGCACAUUCGGACCCCUCGCCAGCCUCGUGAUGCUUCGCAUGACCGACAACCCAGGCCUGGGCGAGAUCGACGCGCGCGCCUUCGCCGAGAACGGCGCCCUGCAGGUGCUUGAUGUGAGCCGCAACAACCUGACGGCGCUGAACGUGAGCGCGCUCAUGGCGCUGCCGGCCCUGCGCGCGCUCGGCCUCAGUGGAAACCCGUGGCGCUGCGAUUGCCGCACCGAGGACCUGUGCCUGUGGAUGCACGUGGAGGGCUUCAAGUUUCAAGAUGAGGGUCAGACAGUGUGCCAGGGUCCAACAGAGAUGCGUGGUCGGCGCCUCUCUGAGGUGGGCAUGCAGCUGCGCGCUGAGUGCCACCAGGGUUUGGGCUACUGGGACUACCUGUUCUUCAUCGCCAUCGGCUUCGUCAUCUUCUCGGCCGGCACCGUCUCGGCAUGGGUGAUGGGCGUGCUCAUGGUGCUCUACGAGCGCUACAGCAAAAGGAAGAGUGAGGAGCUGGACAGCGACGAUGAGGAGGACGGUGCUGCCCGGGGUGGCACAAGUAACCAUGGCAAUGGGGACCUGAGCAAGCCCGGCAUGCAGGUGUGACCGAGGGAAGGAGGGAAAACCGUGAUGACCGUAACCCCAACGGUGAAUGCCAGGAAGAGCAAUGAUUGACAAGGGAGAUAUUAACCAAUGAAGGGAGGAAUUAGCAAACCACGUGCAGAGGAUGCUGGGAUUUGGAGUUUUGAUGAUAAAGAGGAUUUAAGUGCACUUUAAGAAGGAUGUGUCAGUGUAGUGCCUCUGAAGAAGAAAAAUAAGUGUGUGUAAGAGAGAGUGGGAGACAUUAUUGGUAUGAGGGUAAUGGAGCGCUGCCCUCCAUUGCUGGAUUAAAGAAUGAAUGUUCCUUUCCAGAACGCCACAAUAGGUUCAUUCCCACUUUUAAGUAGUAUUAAGGAGUGUAACUGAGUGAUAAUAGACCCACAACCACAUGCACUUUGUUCUUGUGCAUGAGGAUAUUCAUAAUCACUGGAGCUCACACAGGCCCCAGCCAUAUCCUUUCAGUGUUUCCCACAGGUCUGAACUUAGGGGGUUGAGGGAGUGGCUAUCCAAACUGUUUGCGUUUGCUUACUUAUUUUUGAAUAAGGCAUUGAAUAAGCUGGAAUGACAUGAAAAAUCCCACAGCUGUGCUAGUAGAAACUGUCUUUACUGUAAGAGGGGAAAUUGGCUAAACUAAGGCUUCUUUUAAAGUGAAGGUUUGGGCAUUGUAGAGUUGACCACAGAGAAAAAGAAUGAUGCUUUGCAUCAAUGACACUGUGUGUCAUGUUUAUUUAUAACAAUAUGAAAUAUAUUUUUGUCUAAGAACAUGUAAGAAAUUGAAAUUGGAUAUCAUUAAAAUUGGGACAAAAGACUGCCCAAAUAAAGUGUGUGGGAAACACUGUUUAUUGAACAUGACAGACUGAGAGGAAAAAAGUAGGGGAGGUAAAGAGGGAAGUGGUUAAAAAGGUCAUAGAAUAUACAGGUCACUGAUCUUUACUGUCUGAAAACUAAGCUGGGUUAACUGCACAUUAGUAAUGCACUCUUACACACUCUCAUUCUUUACACACACACACACACACACACAUUUUAGUCAGAGAAUGAGGGAGUGGUUUGAAGGGAUGAGAUGGAGUGAUUCAUAGGCAAGGCCGACCUCUCCCUCUGUUAGGUCAGCUGGAUGGAGGGUUGAUAUGAGCGACUACCAGAGUAAGAGAAACAGAAAAAAGGGGGUGUGUUACACAUUGUGGGAAUAACCAGGUAGAAAUUGGUCAAGUUUGUGCUGUGGUGGGGAUAAUUAAUUCACAGUUGAUUGGUUGAUUGUUUGAUUGCCUGGAUCAGCCAGGACACUCCUGAUCUCAGUAUGCACUGCACCCAAAGCCUUACACACACAAUGUAACCAGUCCAGCAAUAACACACCUGCAUAGGUGGCACUGAGAGCAAUAGUGUAUGUGUACAUGUCUAUGUAUGUGUAUGUAUGUAUCUGUCUUUGAGUAUGCUUGUCUAUGUGUGCGUUAGAUUGGGUGGACUAGCAAGGAUGUCAUCAAGGGGUAAUUUUACCAAUUUCUCAAAAUUGUUAUAUAAUUAAAUGUUUAAGAUGCAAACAAAGCCAUUCAGAGUGAUUUAAUGUGAAAUGUGCCAUUGAGAAAAUGACCCACUCAAAGUAGUUCACAGUGGUGGUGAUAAGAACCAGACGUUCAAAACAUUUAAUGCCUCUAAAAGCUACAUCACAAAAACAGAUACAGAUACAUUGUGGGAUGCCUGAGACCUUGUUUUAUGAUAGUUUUGAGAAAGUACUUGUCAAAACAUGUUUUUUUUUUUUUUUUUUUUUUUUUAAUCCAUCUUGCUGGAGAGUUACAUACAGGACACUGUAAGACAAAGCAGAUUUAUUUCUGUUUUACCAUUAUCAACGUUAAAUGUAAAAAAAGAAGACAUGUAAGUUCACUAGUUUAUUUUGAUUAACAAAUAAAAUGGCUAAAUGUGUUGAAGACAUUGCGACUUCUGGUUCCUAUGACCACCACUGAUGAGUUUCUCUGCAAUGCAUCAUUUCACAGCAAUGCAUCAUUUUAAACCACUCUGAAUGAAUAUGCUUAUAUAACUGAAUUUUGAAAAAAUGUUGGAAUUCCCCUUAAACAUGUAUUAUUUAACUACUGUAAAUGGAUCAUUAACUACAUUCAAUUAUUCAGUAACUACUAUGAUUUAUUCAGUAAAUGCUUUGAAACUACUAGGUAAAGGAUGUAGUUAUGAAAGUGAACAAAACCUUGUAAUUUAAGAGGUCAGAUCUUUUUUAACAUGCUGUAGAUUUGGCAAGGCUACAGCCUCCGGGUCUGACACUCGAAUCCAAAACGAAAGCCUCCUGGAAAGUGCGUACCUCCAUUUAUGUCUCUUCUUUCUCUUACACCUCCAUGCUGGCUUUCUCUCCUCUCUCUCCUACAGCAGCAAAGUUGGCAUCUUGAAGGUCUCUUUGUUUCCCACAUGCUAAAUCAGGUCUGCAGCUUAGCUUAAAGCUUAGCAUCAUGUAAUAGUAUAAGUCUGAGUCUAUUUGGGAUACUUCCUUAUUUUUCUUUCAUGUAUCACGUCGUCAUUUAUCCUUCUCUCCUCAUCUGACCUGUGAUGGCACUCAUUACCUCAUGCCCAGCUUCAUACUUAGUCUUAGCUUGGGGUCAGAAAAGGACAGCGCUGGGUCUAAGAAUGCUAAUGCUAGUGCUUGGUGGCAAAGAAAGACAACAGACAUAGUUAUGUCACUGGUUCAAACCGGUCAUCCCUUCAAGCAUCUCUCUCUCUCUCUCUCUCUCUCUCUCUCUCUCUCUCUCUCUCUCUCUCUCUCUCUCCUCUACCUGUACAGCAGGCUCUGAGAGUUUCAGGUUUCAGGUCACCCAGGGGUGUCGUCAUGUUAACAGCAGUGGGCUUCUGUGCAUGCUCAGAGGUGUUAACCCCUCCCAGGAUUGACAGUCUAAUAAUAUCAGGUGUUGAAGGGGAUGAGAGAUUGUGGAAAAAAAAACAUAGUAAAAAUGUAAUGCAGAUAGGGGUUAAAACCUCUGGAAUGAAUUUGUAGAAAUUAAUAAGCCUUUUUAUUCAGACUGUGUACCAAAUAGAAAGACAGACAGUGUAAUAAUACCACUGGAGGUUAUGGGUAAACAUAAUCUGCCAAAGGGGUACAACUGUGGGCCCAUUCCUGACAGGUAGAGGAGGAAUAAUCAGUAAGUCAAAAUAUUUACUUAAUAUCAGAAAAUAAUGACUUAUUUUCUCAAACGCAAGACCUACAGUGUCAUUAUUAUUUGUUUUCUUGAGAUGUUGACUUAUAACCUUGAAAGAGUGACUUAUUUUCUCAACAUUUUGACU